AUGGGAGAUCAAUUCAAAGUAAUCAUCAUCGGCUCCGGUUUGUCAGGGACUCUCCUCGCCAACGGUCUGAUUCGAAACAAUGUCGAAGUCACAGUGUAUGAACGAUUGACCAAAGGUAUCAAGAGGGAGGGGUAUCAGAUCAGAAUAGGGCCCGAUUCAUUGAGAGGGUUCCAAGCCUGUCUCGACGAUGGACAGGUCAGGGAAGUUCUUGGAAAGUGUGGCAGAUCCAACGGCUCCCGGUCAAGUGCUCCUGUGAUGUACGACAAGAACUUCAAUGUGCUGUUAGACGCCACAAAGUUCCCAACAUACAAUAAAUCCGCUCCGAUCAACAGAGUCAUCUUGCGGGAUAUCCUAGCCAAGCCGGUCGAGGAUGCCGGCUGCGUAUUGAGCGGCAAGCAGUUUGAGAGAUAUUCCAUCUUGAAUCCAGGCACAACCUCAGAGAGAGUCAGAGCCCAUUUUUCAGAUGGAUCUUGGGACGACUGUGAUUUGCUCAUCGGAGCGGACGGAAGCCACUCUAAGAUCAAUCGACAGGUCGGGCUAAACAACAUAUCAGAGCUUGGUACUCACUUGUUCAUGAUCUCGAAGUGUGAACUUCCCACGGAACGAUACCGGACAAUGAGUUCUCCACUUCAAAACUAUCCUCUUUUGACGUUUGCGGACAAUAUGAGCAUGUUCUACUGUGCUUAUCUCCCAGACAAAGAGAAUGAAGAAACUCUGAAUGAAGGAGCCAGGAGCUUUGAUGACAAGCUUUCGUCUUGUAUGUUUGCUUUGAUCGUCCCAGUGGACAAAUGCCCGCCCGACUUUUCUCAGUUGCCCGUCGAAGAGCAGUGGGAUUUCAUCGCGGCAACUCUCAGGUCGUGGGCGCCCGAAUACCAUGAGAUUGUGGAUCUCCUCCGUGGCUCUUCGAUAUAUGCUUACAAGACCCGAGCAAGCAAGAGACCGUCCAUGUCGUGGCGCAAGAAGGUGCAGAGAAGCGGAGCCGUAGAACAAGGGCACCCUCGCGUCUGGUUGUUGGGAGAUGCCAUGCAUGCCAUGCUACCUGCUCGUGGCAUGGGCGGCAACACCGCUAUGCGAGAUACGGAAACCAUGCUGCCAUUGGUGACAGAGCUUGCAGAAUACGCAGAGGAGCACAAGUCUCUGCCUUCAACGGUGAUCGCCGAGAAGCUUGCUCAGUACGAAGCCGAGAUGAUUCCUCGGGCUUUUGAGUGGGUUGAGAAGAGUGGUGGUACCACGAUCAUGCCGCUAGACUCGACUCGUUUCCUGUCGAGAGUGUUUUUCUUCGUCGCGGCUCAAGCGAUGAAUCUCUCGUACUUGUGGAAAAAGUUUACGUCGAUAUUCACCAAGGCAAAGCCUGUCCAGACUGAUGUGGACUUCGAGCGAUACCUUGGUAGAUAG